AUGCUGAUGCUUAUAACACUUGGCCUUGAUAGUACUUUUGGUGGCCUCGAGGCGAUUAUAACAGCAAUUAUGGACAGUGUUCCCGCUUUAGCUGGUAGACGUGAACUUUUUGUUCUGGCAGUAGUUAUCUACUGUUUCAUUGGAGCAUUGGCAUCGACUACAUGUGGUGGAUACCUUGUUCUAAAUAUGCUUGAUCGUCAUGGAGCACCGAUUUCAAUUUUAUUCAUUGUAUUCUGCGAAUGUGUUGCAUUGUGUUGGUUCUACGGAACUAAGCGAUUCUGUCAAGAUAUACAAAUGAUGCUGGGAUUUAAGCCUGGUAUAUUUUGGCAAAUAUGUUGGGCUUACAUAAGUCCAAUAUUUUUACUGGGGAUUUUUAUUGCAAAUGUGGUUUCUUAUGAAACACAUCCUAUCUCUGUAUUGGGUGUUGUUUAUGAGCCUACAACCUGGGUGAUUGCAUUAUCAUGGGCUAUACUGCUUAAAGCUAAAGGAUCUUUUCGUGAAAGAAUACGCUUUCUUAUAACGCCAGAAGACAGACCGAACUAUGGGGACCAACAAAUUGUUGUCAAUGACAGUGGUGAAUAUGUACCAAAGAAUACAAAACAAAAUAAACAACCGAUAUAG